CUGUUCUGUGGCUCAGCGGUCAUCCGUGGCGGUGCGUUCUCUCGCUCUCCUUCCACACUCCUCUCUCUCAUUGACCGUCUCUACAUCAUCACCACCCAUCCCCUUCUCCACCUUCCCCGUUUCCUCUUAUAAUGACUUCCAUCGGAACCGGCUACGACCUCAGCAACAGCGUCUUCAGUCCAGACGGCCGGAACUUCCAAGUCGAGUACGCCAGCAAGGCCGUCGAAGCUGACGGAACCGCGAUCGGCAUUCGAUGCGCUGACGGCGUCGUCUUUGCCGUCGAGAAGAUUGUCUCGUCCAAGCUGCUUGUCCCCGGCGCAAACAAGAAGAUCCAGACAAUCGAUAGACAUGUCGGCGUAGCAUACUCAGGCCUCACCCCCGACGGCCGCCAUCUCGUCGACCGCGGCAGAUCCGAAUCCUACUCCUGGCGCGGCACAUACAAAGUCCCCAUCAGCGUCCCCACCCUCGCUGACCGUCUAUCUGGCUACGUCCAGGCUUACACCUGCUACUCCUCCGUCCGGCCCUUUGGUGUCUCCGUCAUCGUCGGCGGUGUCGAUGACUCUGGCCCACAUCUCUAUACCAUCGAACCAUCUGGCGCGUUCUGGGGUUACAUGGGCGCCGCCACAGGAAAAGGUCGCCAGGCAGCAAAAUCAGAGCUCGAGAAACUAGACCUUCCAAACAUCUCCGCCCGCGACGCCGUCAAGGCCGCCGCAAAGAUCAUCUACGUCGCCCACGACGACUCAAAAGACAAGGACUUUGAAUUAGAAAUCUCCUGGGUCUCCACUUCUGAAACCGGUGGCCUUCAUCAGUUUGUGCCAAAGGAAUUGCUUGAGGAAGCUGAACGGUUGGCAAAGGCUGAUGAUGAUGACGAGGAUGAUGAUGAUGAGAUGGAUGAGGAUUGAUCUUGUAACAUAGCAUCUAACAAUUACAAUAUACUAUAUCAUUUCAAUUUGCUUUA